AUGGCUUCCGCCGCAACACUCCAGCUUACAUUGGCCAAUUCAAUAUCGGGUGAUCAUGGCCACCGCCAGCCCUAUGCCUUAACCCCAACCGUGCCUACCAACAACACGGUUGAUGGCAGCAAUGCUGCUCCAGAUGACUUGGCAGAAGCAAUUCGCCUCGCCGCUCUUUGCCGAGAGGCUUUCAAUCUUCUCGAUGCUAAAAUGCCAGACUUUGAUCACGCCAAAGCGUACACGGCCGAUGAGAUUCUUUCACUGCCCGUGGACAGAAUUCGCCUGCCAGACGAGCUAUUCAGUCUCCCGCGCCGGAAAUCUGCGCGAUCUCGCCUCGCCGAAGCCGUUGCAACGCUGUUGUAUCCCGCCACCCACGAUAAUGCUGUGUCACCCGUCAUUCGGUACGACGCGACGAGGGUCAAGUUGCGUGCAUGGGUUGCCCUGCAGCGGAAACACGACAUCUUUGCCGCCACCAAACGGAACGGCCACAGCUUCCGCGGCUUGACCGGCGGGGCUGCCCCGGGCGUGCAUGCGCCUGUGUGGGCGUCCCGCAUCCUUGCCCAGGGCCCGUGGGACCCGUCCAAAUUCCCCGUGUCCCUCGCUGGCACUAAAGCCAUCCCGAUGCCCGUUUCCGUUGCCGACGCCGCCGACCUGGCGCCGUUCUUCAACCACCUUGAGCGUGGCGGCACUCACGAGCUUGACGAGGCUUCCGGCAGCUUAAGCACACAUCUCGAUGGCGGCAAAGGCGAACCCUUCUAUGGUGUCAAAGGAGCAGAGUUUCGCAAAGGUGUCGUCUACCAAGACGGUCGCAUGGAUCUGUGUAAAAUGGUCGUUGGUCCAGACCACAUUGGCAGCCUGAUGGACAGCUUACGGCCGAACCCCUUCGUACGACACUUCCUGUUGGGUAACAACAUCAUUGGCCCGGUUGGGGCUCAGGAGAUCGCGCGCUUCGUCCGCGAGUUCCCCGAACGCAUGGAUACUUGGUACUUGGCAGGCAAUUGCAUCGACGCCACCAGCUUCAGGGUCCUUGUCGAUGCCUUGGUAGACUCAGACGCAGUGACGAACAUCUGGCUGAAACGAAACCCGCUAGGUCCCGUAGCCGCUGCAGAUGUAUUCCGGCUCAUCACCGAGACCAAAAACCUCCGCACUCUGGACCUCGACCAGACUGAGCUGGGUGAUGCGGGCAUCGCAGAGCUCUUCCAACGUCUGACAACUUUUUCCUCUGCGGUUCCCGGCCGUAAGAAACUACCCCUGCGAAAUAUAUACCUCAACGGAAACGGCAUAUCGACCAAGGCCGCUUCUGCCAUCGCCGCUUUCUUAUCCUCCCCUGCCUGCGGAAUCGCCUCGCUCUACCUGUCAUGCAACCCACUGGGCGAUGAAGGCGCGCAGGUGCUCGCUUCCGGAAUCCGCCAGGCCACCAAACUCCAGCGGCUGUCACUCCAAUCUGCCGGUCUGACUACUGAAGGCGCCAUUGACAUCUUCCGGGCUGUCACGUUGCAUCCCGGUAUGCGCAUGUUGGAUGUAGGCCAGGCAUAUGCGACCCUCGACCUCGGCCAGGCAUGGAAUUACAUCCAAAAUGCCUCUGCUCCAGUUCUCUGCGAGCUGUUGUCGACAAAUCAGACUCUCGAGUACCUGAACCUCGGCCAUUGCCCGAUCACACCGCCAGAGUUGCGAAGGAUCGACGCCGCUGUCUUGAACAGCUCCUUGCUGUACUACAGCGUUAACUCCAUUCUUCCCGAAGCGCAUCGCAAAGAGCCUACAUUCAACCCGUCGGCGGACUCGACAAUGCCAGAGCUCCAUUCGAUAUCGGCGCCAACGAAGGACGACAAGGCCCUUGAGAAGGCGGUUGAUGCCCACCUCGAAGCUAACGUCAAGGCCAGAUUCGGUACUGACAUGACUUAUACGAGGUUCCUCGAUGAGGAGCUGCGGUGGAUGACCAGUGACAAGAACGACGUGCGCAAAAUUGACUCCGUGUAUCGUAACCGUGACGCUGGCUUUGCUCGGCGAAAACAGCAACUCCUCGUCAAAGACUGGGACAGCAACGACGACACGCUGGACCGAGUCAUGAACGCCAAAGGUCCGUUCUGCGCGACACGCAAACACUGA